AUGACUUCUCUGAGUGAACAACCACAUCACGUACGAGCAAACCAAGAAGGGAAGAAAUCUAAUGGCUUUCUGUUUGAGGGUAAAAGAAGAGGUGAAUGUAAGUGUUUGCCAAGUUACAUUCCAAAAACAAAAAAGGUCCAUAACCAACACCAUCAAAAUUUAGCCUCCAAAACCAUUUUCAUAAACUUAGUUACGCUCCUAUUUACUACUUUUCUGGUUGUACUCAUGCUCCGUCGUCUAAAAUCCACGAGCAAGAAGAGAACUUGCAAAGACAAUAAUAGUAGAGUACUACUUCAUGACAUAAGUAGUAGGUUUAUGGCUUCAACAGCGUUGAGCUUCAAUUCUAGCCCAGAUGUGAAGGGAGAGUGUCUUCACAAAAGAAAUCUAAGCAUGACUCCAGCACCUAAAUUUCGAGGAGUGCAAGUGUUCACAUAUAGGGAGAUAGAAGUGGCCACAGACGGAUUCAGUAAUGCAAAUGUGAUUGGCAAUGGAGGCAUUGGUUUGAUGUACAGAGGAAUCCUAAGUGAUGGCACUUUGGCAGCAAUUAAAUUGAUGCGCAGGGAAGGUAAGCAAGGGGAGCGAGCCUUCAGAAUGGAGGUGGAUCUCCUGAGCCGCUUGCACUCUCCAUAUUUGGUGGAGUUGCUUGGCUAUUGUGCAGACCAACACCACAGGCUACUGAUAUUUGAGUACUUGCCCAAUGGUACUCUUCAACAACAUCUCUACUCUCCUAACAAUCAAACUCAACCGUUGGAUUGGUGGACACGUAUGAGGAUAGCCCUUGAUUGUGCAAUGGCUCUGGAGUUCCUGCACGAACAUCCUGUCUCACCUGUCAUCCACCGUGACUUCAAGUGUAGCAAUGUUCUACUGGAUCAAAAUUUCCGUGCCAAGGUUUCAGAUUUUGGAUUGGUAAAAACGGGAUCAAAGAAGAUCAACGGUCAGGUUUCCACCCAUAUGUUGGGUACCUCUGGAUAUAUGGCACCAGAGUAUGCCUUCACAGGAAAGCUUACUGCAAAGUCAGAUGUUUAUAGCUAUGGUGUGGUUCUUCUCGAGCUGCUAACAGGACGUAUACCGGUUGAUAUUAAGAGGCCUCCUGGAGAACAUUUUCUUGUCUCUUGGGCUCUUCCAAGGUUAACUGACAGAGAAAAAGUGAUGGAAAUGGUUGACCAAACUCUAGGGGGACAGUACUCAAAGAAGGAUCUAAUUCAGAUAGCGGCCAUUGCUGCAAUGUGCAUACAGCCAGAACCUGAUUACAGGCCGCUAAUGAUGGAUGUUGUACAAUCACUAAUACCACUUGUUAGGAACCCGCCUUCUAAUAGUUCAUCUAGUUCCCUAAGAUUGCAGAAACAAACAUCAAGUCCAACUGUCUAA